CAAUUUACGUUUAGUCUAUGCAUGUCUUGCCGCGGUGUCAGUCGUUUUUUUUUUAAUUUUGUGACAAAAGUGUUUGUUGUUAUAAAGCCAGAGUAUUGAACUUUAAAAUGCUGCUAAUGUUGAUAUUUACGUCUGCGGCGAUUGUGUCCGCUCAUCAUGAACACCCACAACAGUACAAAGCUAUAGCAAAGCUAACACAACCGAGUGGUAACGAUGUCCACGGCAAUGUGACCUUCACACAACUAGACGACGGCAAGGUUCAUGUACAGGGUGUGAUAGUUGGGUUAGCACCUGGGCACUACGGCUUCCAUGUCCACGAGAAGGGGGACAUCUCUGGCGGAUGCGGUACUACUGGAUCUCACUACAACCCUCAUCAUAAGGAACACGGUCAUCCCAACGACGAGAACCGUCACGUCGGUGACUUGGGCAACGUGGUCUUCGAUGAGAACCGUGUCAGCGUGUUAGAUUACGUCGACAGCGUGAUCUGCCUGACUGGAGAGUAUUCCAUCGUGGGCCGAGCUGUGGUCCUCCAUGAAAAGGCAGAUGACUUCGGUAGGAGUGAUCAUCCUGACUCCAGGAAGACAGGAAACGCCGGAGGACGAGUGGCAUGCGGUGUCAUCGGAAUCGUGUAGGCAGUUUAUUUUAGUUUUAUGAAUGAACACAGAUUUGAAUAACGAUCGUCGUAGAUUAUAAACCAACCAAUACUUAUCUGUGUUUAUUUUUAGUGUUAAAUGUAAUGUAAAAUUUCUGUACACUUUUUAUUAAAAAAAAACCAUAAAAUAUUCAUUCACGUCUUUUAAGGUCCGCGUAUUUUUUUUUAAUUAAACAGAUGCUGAAAGUUAGCCUAAAAUAAACAAAAUCUCUUAUAA